UGUAUAAAACACGCAGAACCCACUCGCUUCUAGAAGGUUUUUGGUGUUCUUUUAACGUUAACAAAUGACGCUAUUCCCAGCUUGAAGCGAUACAUUUCCACGCAACAUUAAUUUUCACACAGCCCAACACACAGUAUUUCUCAUCAUUGAGCAUCAGCCCUCAAUUUGUAAAUUCAUUUCAAAAUGUCUUCUUCCAAAGCCACAGACACUCCCACAGAAAUGCCCGAAAAGGUUCCCGACCUCCCCCCAUCAUUCCAAGAAACAAUGGCCUCAUCACCGCCAAUGUUCCAAACCCAAUUCGCCUGCAUGACCUUCAACAUGUUUGACCGCAUCCGUCUCAUCAACUUCACAGAAGCAGAAGUAUCAGCCAUCAAAGAAGUCGUUGCAGCACGAUGGCCAGCUGGUAUCUCACAUGUGCAGCCCUACGGGGAGUCAAUGGAGUUCAGGCUUCGCGGAAGGCCUUGGCUGCAUAGGUCUGGUGGGAAUGAUGAUUCGAGGAGAUUGAUGUUGAGAAUUCUGGAGAGGUUGUUUGAUAUGGGGUGGGUGUUGCAGGGGGCUAUGGAGAUUACGCUCAAGUCUGAGAGCAAAGAUUCACUUAUCUUUAGAAAGCAAGAUCCCAUUCCACCGCCGUGCGACUGGAUCUGCAUAUCAUUCGACAACAGCGAUAAACUCAAGAUCAUAGACUCACCACCCAAAGACCUCACAGACGCGAUCUUACAGAUCUUUGGUCGUCAUGUAAGACGCAAAGAAAUCACAUCUGACCGCUUCAAGGCACAUCUUGCAAACAUGCCAUGGAAUCCUUCAGGGACAGACACUGUCCAAACGAGGAUCAUACUGCUCAAGUUGAUUGAGACGUUGGAGAGAUGUGGAUUCACGAUUUAUGCUACGAUUGGGUCGAAGGGGGAGGAUGAGGAGGGUGCCCAGGAUUUGUUGGUAUGCCAGAGGGUGAAGGGUUGGAUUCCUGGGGCGCCGAUAUGGCACCGGUAGAUUUUAUAUUUGUCCUAGUUCAUCUUCUUAACCAGGCCACGAGCAAUAAGCUUAUCUGUUGGAAUUCUUCGCUUCUUCUUGUCCAAAAACAUCUCGCGUCUCCGUUCCUUGUUCCGCUCGAUGUCGGCUUCAACUUUACGGCGCAUGCUCGCCAUCAUCGUUUUGAUUGACAUGUCUAUCCGCAAAUUAGCUAUGAAUCUCAUAAUACAGUGCAUGGA